AUGACACAACCAACAACCAUUGACAUGACAUUUGACACUUCCCUCGUCGAUGUCAAGCCACCCACCAUUGAAGCAAACACUUCCUUUUCAACGGUAGAAUCAGACCAAACAAGUACACCUACCGUCCAGCCACGACCUCAAGUACCAAUCUACCACGUACCCACACAAGACGCAUACAACCAAUGGGCCUCUCAAUACGACUCUGACGGCAACAUGCUCCAAGCCAUUGAUGACAUCGAACUAACCACCUUCCUCCCCUCUUUCCUCUCCCAAAUCUCCAAUCCCAAUCCCACCCCCUCUCCCGGCGCAGAAGCAAAAGAAAAAGAAGUCGAACUCCUCAUCCUCGACCUCGGCUGCGGCACCGGUCGCAACACGCUCAAACUGCUCGAGCACUUGACCCAAAAAACCCCUCAUUCCAACCGGAGCAAAGUCAUCGGCAUCGACUUCUCUUCUGCCAUGCUCGCCAUCGCCCGCUCAAAACUAACCCCUUUUCCGUCAGAAACCUGGUCCCUGCACUGCUGCGACAUCUUCUCUUCUCCCUCUCCCUCCCCCAUCACCACCCCCGUCCACGGCAUCCUCUCCACCCUCGUCCUCGAACACAUUCCGCUCCCUACCUUCUUCGCCACCCUCGGCUCGUUGCUCUUGCCCUCUGGCGUAGCUCUGGUUACCAAUAUGCACCAUGAAAUGGGGAGAUUGGGCGGACAGGCUGGGUUCGUGGAUGCGGAGACGGGGGUUAAGGUUAGGGGGGCGAGUUUUGUGCAUGAGGUCGGUGAGGUAUUGGGGCAGGCGCGGGAGAGUGGGUUUGAGGUGCUGGGGGUUAGGGAGAGGGAGGUUACGAGGGGGGAUUUGGAUGGCGGGGUUGUUGGGGGGAGGNGAGGGGGGAGAAGUGGGUGGGGGUUAGGGUUUGGGUGGGGGUUUUGGUGA